AUGAGCAUCACAUAUUCAGAGAGGCGAGAGGUGAACACACGCCUACAUUGGUGCAUGCGUCCUUCAGCUUCAUCUCCGGUCCUUCGCAACCAACUUUGUCACCCUGGAGCCAGGGCAAGACCAACGAGAGGAAAAGCUCUCGCCCUCUUCAUGACCUCUGCGUUCCCUCAACACGCCUCGAUCUCCCAAUUGAUAUUUGAUACACAUACACACCUUCUCUCUGCGUUUGCUUUGUUUCACUCAGAGUGUCCUGAUGGGCAACAAGACAAAUUUCGCCUUGGCAAAGGGGUAGUCGAUGUUGUCGAUUCGUCAUCGGUGCUCAGCUGUUUGUUCUUUGACUUUGAAACCGCCUCUCGUCGAGUCCGAGAUUCCCACUGCGUUGUCGCAUCCAUCCCUGGUGAGAUCGGGCUGGACUGCCAAUACACGCUUUCGCCGCCAGAUGUCCAGCAACGGGUGUUCGCCCGUCAGCUACGGAUACCUGUGGAUCGCGUGCCCAAGGACCGCCGAGUCCACAUUCACUGCUUCACCGACAUUGCUGCCUUUGGCCUCCGCCUCCUCGAUCACUUCCCGAACCUCCACAUCGGCGUGACGGACGUCGUCUGCUAUGCAUCGAACCUCAACGCUCCUCAAGCAGGUGGCAGCCACCGACAACAAGCGAAUCCUGCCGGAGACCGACGUGCGGUAUAUGGUCUCAGCGAACGUGUAGGCGUGCUGGAGCCGAAGCAGUCAAGGUUGUCAUUCUCCCAUUCGCCGAUGAUACCCUGGACUGAAGUGUUUGCAGCGGAUGCUAUGAGCGAGGGGUGGGAUACGGAGCGGGUGUUGGAUCUGGCGAAGGAGUACUCGGAGGGUAUAUGGGGUGGAAGAUCUGAUGUGGAGGACGGGAAGAAAAAUAUCAUUGGACGCGAUAUAAUAUAUUUAGUCUUGAAGCUCAUCCAAGGCACGGCGCACCAGUACUCCGCAUUGUCACCUUCCGGGUAGAACCUCCUCUGCGGUUGGCUAUAGGCUAGAGUGAUUGCAUGAAACAGGAGAAAGGAUGUGGACAGGAAAGAUUGGAUGUUAGAAAAAGUGGUACUCGGGCCCGAGCCUGUAGAAUCUGACGACGAGGAGCUCUCAGAGAGACGAUCGCCAUUGUGUGAUGGGGGAAUAACUGUCACA